CCUGUAGCCUCAUUCUGGUUAUCAAAAUGUCUGCGCCCAUGAAACGGGUGUCUCGUUAGUGAGAUACACAACAUUGCACAAUUUAAUAUGAAAACGUGAAAAAAACAUCUGUGUGUGUUCUAUAUAUGGUGGAAUUGUAGCACCUUUUUCGGAUCGUGUCUGUAACCCACUAAAGUAAAACUGACUGACUAAGAGCCAGAGGGAUUUAACAUUGAGUCACAACAUUACAACUAACAUAACAUUAUCAAGAUGUCGGUUUAUAUGAAUGUCAUUUUAGAGAACUUGUAUUUGGGAAGUGUGGAGAGCUCAAAAGAUACAGAAAAAUUAAAUGAACUGGGAAUAACUCAUAUAUUAACUGUUGAUGUUCAAGCAUUAUUUCAAGAAACAUGUGAUACAUUUGUUACGAAGCAUAUUAAUUUACCUGAUUUAGCUGAAAGUGAUCUCCUGACCUAUUUUGAGGAAUGCAAUGAAUUCAUUAAUGAAGGCAGAGAGAAAGGCAGUGUUCUUGUUCACUGUUUUGCAGGAGUGUCCCGCAGUGCUACACUAGUGUUAGCAUAUAUUAUGAACAAAUCAAAUAUAUCUUUUGAUGAGGCUUUAUCUAUUGUUAAAACACAAAGGCCUAUUGUCAGUCCAAAUGAAGGCUUCAAACAGCAACUGCGUUUGUAUGAAGGAAUGGGUUGCAAAAUUGAUCCUCAGAGUAAUUCUUAUAGACAGUAUCGUCUGAUUAAACUUUCUAGAGCAAUUCAGGCUGGAGUGUAUCAGGGACAGAUACCUGAUGAUGUGUUAAAUAAUCACAUAGACAAUCGUCCAAAUCUAAAUGUAUACAAAUGUAGAAAGUGUCGUCAUACGUUGUUUAAAAGUAGUUCUUUAUUAUCUCACUCGGUUGGUGCUGGGGAAUCCUCAUUUGACUGGAGAUGCAAAUUGGGCAGAGAAAAUGGAGAUGGAGCAGUCACUGUGACAAAAGAUGACACUCCAUGUGAUCAAUCGUUAUUCAUUGAACCUAUGAAAUGGAUGUUAAGUUAUCUAAAAAAUAUGGAUGGGAAAAUUCCAUGUCCAAAGUGCUCAGCUAAAUUAGGUUCUUUUGUUUGGUAUGGUGAAAGGUGUCCAUGUGGGACAUGGGUUGCCCCAGCUUUUCAUAUUCAGGCAUCUAAAGUUGAUGUUUGUGUGACAAAUCUUCGUCUUAGAUGAUACAUGUAUAAAUAAACUGCUUAAAGGGCGUACAUGUAUGGCUCUAUUCUUUGGAACCUUAAAAUAGACGAAAAUAUAUCUAAAAGUAUAUAUUAAUGUGAUAUAAAUGUAUAUAAAGUGAUUUAUAUUCAACUAAUGAAAACAAAUUAUUUUUAUUUCUAAUAAAUUAUGUUCAAAAUUAUUAUUUUGUCAUUUGUGAAUUGGCCAUUACUAAUUACUUCCGCAUUGUCUUGUAUAAGUUUUUCUUUGUUCAUUAUAAAUUGCGCCAGAAACCAUAGAAUACAUGACUCAUGUAGUAGCAUGUACUGAUUAUAAAGCGUUUAACAUUGUGUCUUAAAUACAUGUAGGAUCUCAUAUUUUCAAGGCAAGAUAACAAAGUCAAUAUUGAUUUCAAAUGGACCAAUAUUGAAUUCUAAUUCAUGGUUUGUAAUUUCGAAUAUUAUGGAAAAUAUUGAGUUUGAGGUUUAGCUCCUUUAAUUGUCAUUUAUGUGUUUACUUUGUUAAGUAUAAAUGGAAAAUGUUUUCAAACUGUCAGGACAAGUAUAUUUAGACUUUCAGAACAUAUCUAUCAAUAUGUAUCCAAACACAAUGAAGUAACAGUACACUGAAUUUGUGCCGAGUGUUAAAAGAUUAGUGAUUGAAUAUACAUGUGUUGUAACCUUUUAUGCAAGGUGUAUACAACAUUCUAUUUUCUUGUUCAUUUAGCAAAAGGUUAUGCUUUCAAAAGUAUGCUUUAGAAUCAAUGACCCAAAUGCAUGUACAUGUAGGCCUACAUACAAUGUACCAGUAUACUGAAAUAGUACCGGAAAUUUAGAACUUUGUACCUGAAUAGCAAUAAAGACAAAUCUGUGCAUGACAAAAUGACAAGAACCAAAGGGAUUGCACCUGACAAAUUGUGCAUAAUACAUGUGGCAGGUACCUUACUGUAUUUCCAGGCUUGCAUAGCAUAUACAUGUAAAAUAAAAAUAUGGCCUUUUAGUGGUGGUUCAAGAAAAGAAAAGAAAAUAUUGCACAUUUAUUUGUACUAGAUAUUCAUACAAAUCUAGAUUACAGCUAUCUGAAAAUAGUAUUACAUGUACAUAUAGAAAUGUAAUGAGAAGGGGAAUUAUUGCAAAUGGAUAAGUAAAUGAAACCAUGUAUAUGUACUAUUUAUAUUAAUACAUUGUCAGUUGAAAAUUAUAUUUAAACCAAGUUUCUUAAUUAUUUUUUUCUUGUCUGAGAUAUCACUUUGAUGGAAGCGGACGUUAAAUAAAGCUAUU